GCGGCCCCCAAGGCCACGCCCUAAUCGGAAGUGACGGAGACGAGCUAGCGCGUCGAAGCUACCUCUAUGGUUUUCCUCUCGUUCUCGAGUCGGGAAAUGGCCGCUGUGUAGUUACAACGGAGAUAAGUCCCGGGAACCGUACUUCGGCGUGUCAGGAAUUUGAAUUUAGAGUUUAAUUUCCCAGAGCAUUAUCUUCAGGAAGGAUUUUACAGUUUCUCAAGGACUUCACUUGACUUCUUGAUCCUGCACAAACUCAAGGAGAAGGGAAAUGGGUCGCUCGAAUUCUAGAUCACAUUCUUCAAGAUCAAAGUCUAGAUCACAGUCUAGUUCUCGAUCAAGAUCAAGAUCACAUUCUAGAAAGAAGCGAUACAGUUCUAGGUCUCGUUCCAGAACAUAUUCAAGGUCUCGUAGUAGAGAUCGUAUGUAUUCUAGAGAUUAUCGUCGAGAUUACAGAAACAAUAGAGGAAUGAGACGACCUUAUGGGUACAGAGGAAGAGGUAGGGGGUAUUAUCAAGGAGGAGGAGGUAGAUAUCAUCGAGGUGGUUAUAGACCUGUCUGGAAUAGAAGGCAUUCUAGGAGUCCUAGACGAGGUCGUUCACGUUCCCGAAGUCCAAAAAGAAGAUCUGUUUCUUCUCAAAGAUCCCGAAGCAGAUCUCGCCGGUCAUACAGAUCCUCUAGGUCUCCAAGAUCGUCCUCUUCUCGUUCUUCAUCACCAUAUAGCAAAUCUCCUGUCUCUAAAAGACGAGGGUCUCAGGAAAAACAAACCAAAAAAGCUGAAGGGGAAGCCCAAGAAGAGAGUCCUUUGAAAAGUAAAUCACAGGAGGAACAGAAAGAUACAUUUGAACAUGAUCCAUCUGAAUCUAUUGAUGAGUUUAAUAAGUCAUCAGCCACAUCGGGUGAUAUUUGGCCUGGCCUUUCAGCUUAUGAUAAUAGUCCCAGAUCACCACACAGUCCUUCACCUAUUGCUACACCACCAAGUCAGAGUUCAUCUUGCUCUGAUGCCCCUAUGCUCAGUACAGUACACUCUGCAAAAAAUACCCCCUCUCAGCAUUCACAUUCCAUUCAGCAUAGUCCUGAAAGAUCUGGGUCUGGUUCUGUUGGAAAUGGAUCUAGUCGAUACAGUCCUUCUCAGAAUAGUCCAAUUCAUCACAUCCCUUCACGAAGAAGUCCUGCAAAGACAAUCACACCACAGAAUGCGCCAAGAGAUGAGGGACGGGGACGUUCAUCAUUUUAUCCUGAUGGUGGAGAUCAGGAAACUGCAAAGACUGGAAAGUUCUUAAAAAGGUUCACAGAUGAAGAGUCUAGAGUAUUCCUGCUUGAUAGGGGUAAUGCCAGGGAUAAAGAGGCUCCAAAGGAGAAAGGAUCAGAGAAAGGGAGGGCAGAGGGAGAAUGGGAAGAUCAGGAAGCUCUAGAUUACUUCAGUGAUAAAGAGUCUGGAAAACAAAAGUUUAAUGAUUCAGAAGGGGAUGACACAGAGGAGACAGAGGAUUAUAGACAGUUCAGAAAGUCAGUUCUUGCAGACCAGGGUAAAAGUUUUGCAACUGCAUCUCACCGGAAUACAGAGGAGGAAGGACUCAAGUACAAGUCAAAAGUUUCACUGAAAGGCAAUAGAGAAAGUGAUGGAUUUAGAGAAGAAAAAAAUUACAAACUUAAAGAGACUGGAUAUGUUGUGGAAAGGCCUAGCACUACAAAAGAUAAGCACAAGGAAGAAGACAAAAGUUCUGAAAGAAUAACAGUAAAGAAAGAAACUCAGUCACCUGAGCAGGUAAAGUCUGAAAAGCUCAAAGACCUCUUUGAUUACAGUCCCCCUCUACAUAAGAAUCUGGAUGCACGAGAAAAGUCUACCUUCAGAGAGGAGAGCCCACUUAGGAUCAAAAUGAUAGCUAGUGAUUCUCAUCGUCCUGAAGUCAAACUCAAAAUGGCACCUGUUCCUCUAGAUGAUUCUAACAGACCUGCUUCCUUGACUAAAGACAGGCUACUUGCUAGUACACUUGUCCAUUCUGUCAAGAAGGAGCAAGAAUUCCGAUCCAUCUUUGACCACAUAAAGUUGCCACAGGCCAGCAAAAGCACUUCAGAGUCAUUUAUUCAACACAUUGUGUCCUUGGUUCAUCACGUUAAAGAGCAAUACUUCAAAUCAUCUGCAAUGACCCUAAACGAGCGAUUCACCUCGUAUCAGAAAGCCAGUGAAGAACAUAGUACCCGGCAAAAGAGCCCUGAGAUACACAGGAGAAUUGACAUCUCUCCAAGCGCCCUGAGGAAGCAUACCCGUUUAGCAGGGGAAGAGAGAGUUUUUAAAGAAGAAAAUCAAAAGGGAGAUAAAAAAUUAAGGUGUGAUUCUGCUGAUCUUCGACAUGACAUUGAUCGCCGUAGAAAAGAAAGAAGUAAAGAACGGGGGGAUUCCAAGGGCUCCAGGGAAUCCAGUGGAUCAAGAAAGCAAGAAAAAACUCCAAAAGAUUACAAGGAAUACAAAUCUUACAAAGAUGACAGUAAACAUAAAGGUAGAGAGCAAGAUCAUUCUCGAUCUUCAUCAUCUUCAGCAUCACCAUCUUCUCCCAGUUCUCGAGAAGAAAAGGAGAGUAAGAAGGAAAGAGAAGAGGAAUUUAAAACUCACCAUGAGCUGAAAGAAUAUUCAGGCUUUACAGGAGUUAGCCGACCACGAGGAACCUUUUUUCGAAUUAGAGGCAGAGGAAGAGCCAGAGGAGUUUUUGCUGGGACAAAUACUGGUCCAAACAACUCAAAUACUACUUUUCAAAAGAGACCGAAGGAAGAGGAAUGGGAUCCAGAAUAUACCCCAAAGAGCAAGAAGUACUUCUUGCAUGAUGACAGAGAUGAUGGUGUGGAUUAUUGGGCCAAAAGAGGAAGAGGUCGUGGUACUUUUCAACGAGGCAGAGGGCGCUUUAACUUCAAAAAAUCAGGUAGCAGUCCAAAAUGGACUCAUGACAAAUACCAAGGGGAUGGGAUUGUUGAAGAUGAGGAAGAGACCUUGGAAAAUAAUGAAGAAAAGAAGGACAGACGCAAGGAAGAAAAGGAAUAAUAAAUACGAAGUAAGAUUGCAACAGAGAGCAGAACUUGCAACCACAUUUUUUUUUUACCUGAUUUUUGUUUUCAAAUAAGAAUGUAAGCAUUUUACUUAAAUUUUACUGUUUGCAAGUAGUCUAUAGAAAUUUUGUUUUAAGUCUUCAAAUAUCUUGAGAAAUAGUAGACUGACUGUAUGUUGAAAAUUGUACUGAAAUAAAGUAGAUAUUGUUAAGUACCAUAUUUGUAACUAUCAACUUUUAAAAACUUUUACUGUUUUUGUUACAUGCAUUGUAAUUCUGCUUUGUCUAUAAGAUAUGGUCAAGUACAGCUCUGUGAAAGUUCUGAUUCUCUUCCUUCCCUGUUUGUUAAUGUUUUAUUCUGAAGUAAACGUUAGCUCUACAUACAAAUCCCUGAACAGAAAUUGUUUAUAGAGUCCACACUAAUUGUUUUAACUAUAUACACUUGCUUAAUUCAAUCACACUACAUUGUAGGGUGACUAAUUUUUGAAGUAUACCAGGAAGUUGUUACUUUGGUAAACUACGCCAGUUUAACAACUUGAACAGAUGUUUAAAAAGGAAAAAUGUUGCCAACAGCUAAAAAAUACAAGCUAUUAAAAAUUAGGUUGAAAACUUUGAGAAAAUGUUAUUUUUACUGAAAGCAAGCAGUGGCCUACAAAAAAUAUUCUUGGAAGCCUUUUCUAUUUGGGUUCAGUAUUAAGUGUUCUUUUCCUAUUCUUACUUGAUAGUUUGAGUCAUGGUCUUAGAGUUCAUCUAUUUGAAAGAAGAAACUGGUUUGUAGUAAUACUGCAAAAAAACCCCAAAAAACCCAAUCCUAUCAGUUGUCUUUAAUGAAAAAAACAGAACAGAAUUUGUAAUCCUGGCAUUGGUGUGGAGGAGGAUAAUCAAUCCUGCAGAAUAAGUUAAUAUUUUAAUACCUUUUUCAUAUCUUAUAUAUUUAUUUGAGCUUUUAGACAGCUGAAACAUUAGUUUGUAGUGUAACCCGAAGAAAAAACAGGCAAAUGCAACAUGCUGUUCAUUAGUAGUAUUUUAAGUAAUAUUUUUCACAUGUCACCAAUAAAAAGUUUUGGCAGGAAGUGUAUUGCAGCAUUGAUCUAACCUGGAUUUAACUUUUUUCGCUAUUGAAGUUGCAGUUUGUAAAAUGCCUUUUUCUUUUUCUUGCCAAGGGUUUAUUUUUCAAUUGAUAAUCUUUCAAAUGUGAAUAACCUUCAAUGUUUAUUUUGGUAACUCUUAAAGGAAUGAAAAUCUGAAAUAGUAAAUUUCAGGGUUAAUUUUGUCUGCUUUAUGGGCAUAUGUAAAAUUAGCCGUAUUUCAUUUGUAAAUCCAGCAACUGAAUUAGUUGUGAUUUGCAUUAAAAGAUAAUGUUUAUUCUGUUAAUGUAAAUUUUUGAAGAUCUUUAGUGUAUGGCUCUUUUAUCUUUACUUUGGGUGAGUUGCCAUGCGUCUCUGCACCUCGAUUACAUACAGCUAGGGACAUUUGUGAAAGAGCUAUUGGAAACAAAACUAAAACCAGACUCAGUAUAUGUGAUUGUAUGGCCCUAAGGUUCAUAGUAUUGUGUGAUUUACUCCAUUAACUUUGUCUUUCUAAAAUUGUUAAGAGGAAAUACCUGCCAAAGCAAUUAAUCAGGACAUAAUGUUCCCCUAUUUAGAAUAAUACUUCAUGUGAAAACAACAUGGAUGUGAUCCCAGACACAGAAUUUUUGUAGCCAUUUUAUUUUAUACAAAUAAAUAUAAACUGGUUAUUUGGUUGGACAUUAAAUCUUCGUGCAUGACUAUAAAUGUGGAGUUUUGUUUAUCCACUUAAGACAAUAGGAAGGGGACGAUUUGCUGAUAAAUUAUUUAAUAGGGAGUGGGAAUAAAGCAACUUAAUUCCCAGGGGCAGGUUCCAUGUUGAAAAAUACCAAUGCAUUGCUUUAACUUUCGAUUAGUUUUAUUCUCUUAAACAAACUUAGAGUAUCAUACCAUGCUAUAUCCUGGUAGGCCAGGGUGGUUGAGAACUCCACAGUGGAAUGCCAUUUUGGAUGUUACAUUUUUUUUGAAGGCAAGCAUAUAAAAAGUAGCCUGUGUAUUUUUUUAAAUCACAAUUUAACUUCACACUUUAUGACAUGUUAUAAAGGCUGAAUGGUUCCUCUUAGUAAGGGUAUUUGUUUACAAGUGCCAGGAAAUAACUCUUUGAUAAGGUACAUUAACAGACUAGAGAAAGGAAGUAAAAAUGAACCAAAGGAUAUUUCUAGAAAAAAUUAAGAAAGCUAUUUAAGACGGCCAUGACUCAGUUUUUGGCAUGUAUGUAUACCUUUCAACAUCGUAGGAAUUUUUAUAUUAAAAGCAAAAUAUGUUUUUCCAGUUACAGUCUACUUUAAGGAAUUACUAUUGUUCCCUUUUCACAGGUAAAAUCACUGUUGGGAAUUACAAUUUGAGAAAAAAAAAUCCAAUAAGAAUGAAUGUAGAUGGCUAAACGAUUCUUACUCAGUGUAAUGUAUAAUGCAACAGGGACCCUUGUAAAUUGUCAUGCCAAUAAAAUGUCAUAAGU